CCAGAACCAACUGUCCAACACCAAAUUUGUUCUUCUUAUAACGUGAGGAAAAAUGCUGAAUUCCAACCAAGCAAAAAUACAUGCUUGUCUAUAAAUGUUAAUUUAUAAAUAUACAGAGCCCAUACUGUGUUAAAAUGUGUGUCAUGUUGUUGACCAAUAGAGAUACUGUUGCAUCACACACAGAUCUAUCAUGAGGAAAGAAAGAGCAAAAUAUUUGUAAAGUUGAUAUUUUGGAUCAAUGUUCAUGCAGUGUUCCAGUCAACAUGACCAUACAGAUAAAGUAGUGCUGCCCUUUGUGGGGGAAAAAUACUUCAAAUCUAUUGAAAAGGCCAAGAUUUGAGAAGACUCAAACAGCACUGCCCUCAUGAUCACUAUUCCGUUGACCAAUGAAGUUGUCUCCAUGUUGUCUCAAAAUAAAUCUGUGAAAACCACAGAGGAAGUGGCUCUUCAGAUCCUCUUGCUUUGCCAGGUUGGGGUUGGAACUGCAGUCAACAUUUUUCUGAUUGUUCAUAAUUUAUCUCCAAUCUUGAAUGGAUCUCAACAGAGACCCAUAAAAGUCAUUCUAGCCAACUUAGCUGUGGGCAAUACCUUGAUUCUCCUCUUUGCAUUUCCAAACAAUAUGACACUUUUUGUUCCAAAGGACCCCCCAACUGACCUAAAAUGUAAACUUGGGUACUUCAUUUGGCUGGUGGCUCGAAGUACAAACAUGUGCUCCACCUGCUCUCUGAGCACUUAUCAGCUUGUCACUCUUGCUCCAGGUACCUGGGGUAGGGUGAUGCUCCGUGGAAGAGCCCCCAAAUUUGUGAGGUAUAUUUGUUAUAGUUGUUGGUUGUCCAGUGUCUUAAAUAAUGCUCACAUUCCAAUGAAAGUCAGUGGUCCCCAGAAAACACAUAAUGAUACCAAUACUAAAAACAAAUGGGUUUGCUCCACCACUGGUUUCAGUAUAGGCAUGCGCAUCUUGUCAUUUGCCCAUGAUGCAGUGUUCAUCAGCAUCAUCAUCUGGAGCAGUGUCUCCAUGGUUAUUCUCCUGAACAGACACCACCAAAGAUUGCAGCAUAUUCAGUCCCCCAAUCAGAAGCUCAGAGUUCAUGCUGAGACUAGAGCAGCCCACACCAUCCUGAUGCUGGUGGUCACAUUUGUGACCUGUUAUCUUCUAGACUGUAUUUGUACUUUUCUUCACAUUUCCUUUGUGGACUCUCGGCUCUGGUUAAGGCGUGUCAAAGAAAUUUUGGCUGUAAGCUUCCCUACCUUUUCUCCAUUACUCUUGAUCUUUAGGGAUCCCAAUGAUCCUUGUUCUCUGCUAUUCAGCUGCUGAAAAUGACAGUCCAAGUGACAAAUAUUUCUCAUAACUUUCCUAACAGCCAUAAAUAUUCUAUUUUCUUGGAAUAAAUUUAACAUGUUUCUUGGCCAACUGUUGCAGAAAGCCAUAGUGCUAUUUGUGAUUUGAUGUUAAUUCUGUUUUCUUGGGAGGAGAUGCAAACAAGGAAUGAGGCAGCACUGAGGUGAUUUCCUGUAAAGCAUCUCCAUCUUGAUUGGUAAAAUAAAGGCUUGAGCUUGUAAUGGGCAGAGGAAGGGAAUGUG